AUGUCUUCUGCCAACCGUGGACUUCCAGCCGGUAGAAGUCGUAAGCGCUCCAGAGAGCCUGAUUCGGAUGCUGGUGCAGCAUCUUCUCCUGUUGGAGACAUCCGAUCUUCACCCCCUGCGUUUUCAAUUCAACAUGGUGGUGAUGACGAUGACGAUAUCGAAGAGGACGUUGCGCUGGAUAUCGAUGAUGUCGACGAGAUGGCCGAGGACGAAGACGGAAUUGACCUGUUUGGGGGUAACUUUGAAAACGACUACAAGUCCCGCAAGAAUGACCGAUAUGACGAGAGAGAUAUCGACGAUGAGGGUGACUACGAGGCUCUCGACGGCGCAGACAGACGAAGACUUGAGGCACGCCUAAACCGCAGAGACCGUGAACUUGCUCGUCAACGACGCAUGCCAGCUGCUUUCCUCCAGGAUGAAGAUGAGGAGGGUGACCUUGACCUGACCGCGCAACCCCGUCGACGUCGCCAUCACUACGACGAAGAUGAGGAUGAGGAGAUGCAAGAUGACAUUAUGGAAGAGGAACUCUCUCUUGAAACACUUCAAGAUGUCAAAGCCUCUAGUCUGGUUGAGUGGGUCUCUCAGCAAGCAGUCCAAAGAACCAUCAAGCGCGAAUUCAAGGCCUUCUUGACAGAGUACACCGACGAACAUGGAGUUUCGGUUUACGGUAGCCGUAUCAGAACUUUGGGAGAAGUCAACGCAGAAUCCCUGGAGGUCUCCUACGAUCAUCUCGCUCAAUCCAAAGCCAUCUUGGCGUACUUCUUGGCCAAUGCUCCUGGAGAAAUGCUCAAGUUGUUCGAUGAGGUUGCCAUGGAAGUCACUAUUCUUCAUUACCCAGACUACGAAGGAAUCCACUCCGAGAUUCACGUUCGCAUUUCGGACCUUCCAGUUCACUACACUCUUCGCCAACUCCGUCAAACCCACCUGAACUGUCUGGUCAGAGUUAGUGGCGUGGUCACUCGACGAAGUGGAGUGUUCCCGCAAUUGAAAUAUGUCAUGUUCGACUGCGUCAAGUGCGGUACCAGACUUGGUCCUUUCCAACAGGAGUCCAACGUGGAAGUCAAAAUCUCUUACUGCCAGAAUUGCCAAUCGCGGGGACCCUUCAAUCUCAACUCCGAGAAGACAGUCUACCGCAAUUAUCAGAAGCUCACUCUCCAGGAAUCCCCCGGGACUGUGCCUGCUGGUCGUCUUCCUCGUCACCGCGAAGUUAUCCUACUGUGGGAUCUUAUCGACCGCGCUAAGCCAGGAGAAGAGAUCGAGGUCACUGGUGUUUACCGUAAUAACUAUGAUGCUCAGCUGAACAACAAGAAUGGUUUCCCUGUUUUUGCCACUAUCCUUGAGGCAAACAACGUUGUCAAAUCUCACGAUCAACUCGCAGGCUUUAGACUUACCGAGGAAGAUGAGCAAGAGAUCCGAGCCCUGGCCCGUGAUCCCCAAAUCGUCGACAAGAUUAUCCACUCCAUGGCACCCAGUAUUUACGGCCACACAGAUAUCAAGACUGCAGUCGCGCUCUCUUUGUUUGGUGGUGUCGCCAAAGAUAGACAAGGAAAGCACCAUAUUCGUGGAGAUAUCAAUGUUCUGCUUCUCGGUGACCCUGGAACUGCCAAGUCGCAGGUCCUCAAGUAUGUCGAGAAGACUGCCCAUCGUGCUGUAUUUGCUACCGGCCAAGGAGCCAGCGCCGUCGGUUUGACUGCCAGCGUUCGAAAGGAUCCUCUGACUAGCGAGUGGACAUUGGAAGGCGGUGCCCUGGUACUUGCAGAUCGAGGAACUUGCCUGAUCGAUGAGUUCGAUAAGAUGAAUGACCAGGAUCGAACUUCCAUCCACGAAGCCAUGGAACAACAAACCAUCUCCAUUUCGAAGGCUGGAAUCGUCACUACCCUGCAAGCUCGCUGUGGUAUCAUCGCUGCUGCCAAUCCUAUCGGUGGCCGGUACAAUUCUACAAUUCCUUUCUCUCAGAAUGUUGAGCUCACAGAACCUAUUUUGUCUCGUUUCGAUAUCCUCUGCGUGGUUCGGGAUACUGUCGAUCCUGCUGAGGAUGAGCGACUUGCUAGAUUUGUCGUUGGAUCCCACGGCCGCUCUCAUCCCAGCUCGCAACCUACUGAGAGCCAAAUGGAAGCUGAGCAAGAUUCAGGAGCAGCCAAUGGAGGCGAGCCAAAGCAAGAAGGCGAGAUCCCACAAGAGCUUUUGCGAAAGUUUAUCCUCUACGCUAGAGAGAGAUGUAGUCCGAAGUUGUACAACAUCGACGAGGAGAAGGUCUCAAAGCUUUUUGCCGAUAUGAGGAGGGAGUCGUUGGCGACUGGUGCCUAUCCGAUUACCAUCCGUCACCUGGAAGCUAUCAUGCGCAUCAGCGAAGCCUUCUGCCGCAUGCGUCUCUCCGACUACGUGUCCUCCCAGGACGUCGACCGCGCCAUCGCAGUCACGAUCGACUCUUUUGUCGGCAGUCAAAAGGUCAGCUGCAAGAAGGCUCUCGCUCGCGCGUUUGCUAAAUACACACUCGCUCGACCGGGCGCGGGGAAGAAGAGCGGUGCUGGUAGGAACUUGGAGCGGGCUAGAGCGGCUACGGCUACCAUGGCUUAA